AUGGGAAUUUGCACAAGCAUACCCGUGCUUGUGGACGAUUUUGUCCGUAGUGGCAUGGUGGUGGGGGUGGGGUCAGGCUUUGGCUCCUCUCUCGCUGUCACCCACCUCAUCAGCAAAAUCCAGAGCGGAUCAUUGCGAGAUAUCGUCGCAGUGCCCACCACGGCAGCAGCAGCAGCGGAGCUCGCGCAAGCAGGAGUCGUGAUGUCAACACUCGAGGAGCAUCCCAAGCUCGAUUUCGCCUUCACAGAUGCAGACGUGGUGCAGGAGGGAACACUCUUCUCUAUCAUUGGGCGUCGCAUCCCGACCAAACGGGGUUCGGUGCUCAAAGAGAAGGCCGUGGCUCGGGCAGCUGAAAAUUUCGCUGUGAUCGUGCCCGAGAAGCACUUUGAAGAGGGCCUGAUUGACGGGGAAGUGCCCGUUGAAAUCGAGCAGGAGCACUGGCUGGACAUAGCAGAGGAGAUUGACGAUCUGUUUCUCGGAGAUGCAGAGGUGUGGCGGCGACCCACCAGCGGCACGGCAGGGCCGUUGGGAGGGGAGUUCCCUUUGGUCACAGAGAACGGACAUUUCGUGUUGGAUGUGAUUUUCACGACUCCCAUCGCUGAUAUGAGUGAGUGA